UGAUAAUUUAAAAAUCGUAAUUCUUUAUCUAAAAUAUUUAAAUUGAUUUUGCGCUAAUAAAACUUAUCGUUUCAGAACGUAUCUUAAAAGUGACUGUCAAUGUAAAAAUUGAUUGUCAUAUUUUGUUUUCGUAAUUUGGUUGUCAAUUUCGUUUGUUUUGAUUUUGUUGUUUGUUAUUUUCCAAGUUAUUUCAUUUUAUUUGGAUAUUGCGUUGUAAUUAAAAAAUAGUUAUUUUGUUAAACAAUGGAAACCAGUCGUUCAUCGUUGGAUGCAGGCGAUAGAAAUCGCAUUGGGCGUGAUUAUGCUUUUGCCCGCAUAGAAAUGAUGGAGGGCACCGAUUUAAUUGGUUAUAGUUUACAGGAUGUAAAGGAUAUUGAGGAUGAUUUCCAUAAGUCACAGUUGGAACUAUUAACAUCGUUGUCCGGGAGUGAUACAUCCAGUGAAUUAAAAUUGUCAUUUCGUUUUGAGCAAAUAGUAAAAUCAAUAAAACAUCGUUUGAAAAAUAUAGAACAGAAACCUGUUAUAUCGUCUAGUGGUAGUAGUAAUAUGAAAUUACCCAGAAUUAUUAUAAAACCCUUUGACAGCCGUAUUGAAAAUUGGGUCUCUUUUAUUCAGUUGUUCGACUCACUAAUUCACUGUAAAGAGAUAGCACCAGUAGAAAAACUUCAUUACUUAUUGUCAAAUGUUCAAGGUGAAGCUUUAGAUUUAAUAAAAAAUUAUCCCCUUUGUGAUGAAAACUAUUUGUUAGCAUAUAACACCUUAAAACACAAAUAUGAACAAAAAAGAGUCAUCGCUACUGUCUUUUAUGAAAGAUUAUUAAAUUGUGAAUCAGUGAAGUCAAAGAGUAGCUUAGAAUUAAACAGAAUUUGUCGAACAUUUAAAGAAAAUUUAGAUAUACUUUCGAAAUACCAGUUACCUGAUAGUAAUUUCAUGUUAUUUAAUUUGUUGUGGAGUAAAUUGGAUGCAGUAACAAGGGAAGCAUUUGAGUUACAACUGGAUUCAAAUGUUGAUAUACCUAAAUAUGAAAAUUUAAUUAACUUCAUAGAAAAAAGAAGUCGAGCCUUGGAGAAUUCAAACACAUCAAAGUCAAAUAUUAUUACUAGUAAACCAACAAUUGGGUCAAAACCAUCGCUUAUUGUGCCUUCGGUUAACUGUAUUGCUUGUUCUUCUUCCAGUCAUAGUGUGGAGAAGUGUUCAAAAUUCAAUAGCUUGUCACCCUUUGAAAGAUUCUCUUUAAUAAAAGAAAAUAAACUGUGUAUUGGAUGUUUUCGGCCCUCACAUAUUGUAAAGAAUUGUAGAACAUUUAGCAAUUGUUCUAAGUGUAAAUAUGGACAUCACACUUUACUUCAUUUUGACAAAGGUGAUAAUACAGAGCUUUCACCGCAAGCUUCAGCAGUUACCACCACCUUGGCUGUAUUGGGCACUGAAACUCAAGUUUUGUUUUCAACUGCAGUUGUUCUCAUUAAAACUAAAUUAAAUAAAUGGACACCUAUUCGUAUUCUUUUGGAUAGUGCUAGUGCUUGCAAUUUUAUUACACACACCUGUGCAAGGAAACUUGGACUUCACAUUGGGAAUACCAAACAAUCUGUUAGUGGUAUUGGUCAUGUGUCAGCGGACACACUUGGAUCAGUCGCUUGUGAAAUUAUUCCAUCAAAUGGUGAUGUCACUUGUAAAUUUUCAUUUGAAGCUUUUGUUUUACCAAAGAUUUGUUCAGAUAUGCCAUCCGGACAAAUUGAUGUCUCGGCUUGGAAACAUAUUCUGGAUUUGGAUCUUGCUGAUCCCUCGUUCCACAUACCUGGACCUAUCGAUAUGUUAGUUAGUGUUAACAUUUUGACAUCAGCACUUCAAGAAGGCCUUGUCAAAGGCAAUGUAGGUCAGCCCAUUGCUGUUAGCACUGUAUUCGGCUGGGUAGUGAUGGGAGAAUGUGCUACUCAUGUUGAUUCUUAUCGUUCUCAUCGUGUCUCUAGUUCCACAAACAAUGAUUGUCUCUUUGUUUCAAGUUGGUCUUUGGACAGCAAUAUUAAACGUUUUUGGGAAUUAGAAACUAUUGAUCCCCCCAAAUCUGUCGUACUUUCGAAAUCAGAAUUAUCGUGUGAAAACUAUAUGAACGCUUCAUAUUGUCGUAGUCCUGAAGGUAGGAUGGUAGUACCAUUAACUUUCGUUGACCCUCAGGCGAAGCCCAAGUUUUGUAAUUCUCGUGAGAUUGCUCUCAAGCGUCUUUUAAAUUUGGAGAGGAAAUUUAAAACAAACCCUCUAUUUCGGACUGCUUAUGUCAAAUUCAUGGAUGACUAUUUUCAAAGUGGUCACAUGGAGGAAGUUGAACCACCUUCAUCGAAUGAUGGUAAUUUUUAUUACAUUCCGCAUCAUGGAGUGAUGCGGCCUGACUCGGCUACUACUCCUUUGCGUACAGUAUUCGAUGCAAGCGCCAAGGAUACUACAGGAAGGUCCUUAAAUGAUUCUUUAUUACCGGGCCCUAAGCUGCAAAAGAACAUUUUUGACUUGUUAGUCAGAUUUCGUUGGCAUGCAGUUGUGUUCACUGCAGAUAUCAAGCAGAUGUAUCGUCAAUUUCUUGUUCAUCUUCGAGACUGUGAUUAUCAACGCAUUUUGUGGCGUCCUUCUCCUAAUGAUCCUGUUAGGGAUUUUCGAUUACUCACAGUGACUUAUGGUGUAUCCUGUGCCCCAUAUCAGGCUCUUUGGUGCAUUGCUAGGUUGGCAAAGGAAUUUUCGUCUCUUGCUUCACGUGGUAGUGCAGUAUUAGCUAGAGAUACUUAUGUUGAUGACGUCGUAUCAGGCGCCGAUUCUGUAGAGAAUGCUCUGCAAAUACGUCAGGAAUUAGUAGAAAUUUUGUCGUCGGGUCAUCUUCACUUGCGUAAAUGGACUUCAAACUGUCCAGAAUUUCUAGAAAAGGUGUCAGAUUCCGACUUGUACUCGGAGCAACUUCGUGAUUUUGAAGAUGUUCGUGAUGUUUCGGUUAAAAUAUUGGGUCUUUCAUGGUUUCCUGGGGAUGAUCUUUUUACAUUUAAGACAUCUUCCAGUGAUACUCGUUGUACCAAGCGAUCCAUUCUGUCGGACAUCGCUAGAAUCUUCGACCCAUUGGGUUUGUUAGCACCAGUGGUAUUUCUGGCAAAAUAUUUGAUACAACUUUUGUGGUUAUCGGGUGUCGAUUGGGAUAGUGAUGCUCCCGUCACUAUCAGUCAAGAGUGGUCUAAAUUUAAAUCACAAUUGUCGUCGUUAAGUUCGUUUUCCAUUCCUCGCAGAAUGGUCGAGUCUUUCGAGUCAUUACAACUCCAUGGGUUCUGUGAUGCCUCGGAAAGAGGUUAUUGUGCCGUCAUAUAUUGUCGUGUCGUUAAGAAUGAUGGUUCUGUCGUCGUGCGCUUGUGUUGUGCAAAAUCAAAGGUAGCUCCUCUACGUAAGUGCUCAAUUCCACGUUUGGAAUUGUUAGCAGCUGUCUUAUUGUCGGACUUAAUUUGCUCAUUUGUCGAUGCUUUAAAAGAGUUUUAUCCCUUUAGUAAUAUUUAUGCUUGGUCAGAUUCAACUGUCGCUCUGACUUGGAUUCGUGCUUGUCCAUCUAAAUGGAAAACUUUCGUGGCUAAUAGAGUGGUAAAUAUUCAGGAGAAAGUCCCUCCGCAAAAUUGGCAUCACGUUUCUGGGUUUGAAAAUCCAGCGGAUUGUGGUUCUCGCGGCUUACUUCCUGUUGAUUUAGUUCAGAAUACGUUAUGGUGGGCGGGACCUGCCUGGCUCUCCAACCCUGAAGUGUCGUGGCCACAUUCAGAGAUGUCGUUCGAUCAAGCCGCUGCUGAUGAACAAAAGAUUUAUAGUCUUUUCACAGCCUCUAAUAUGUCGUUUAUAGAUGAUUUAUUAAAUAGAUUCUCGUCGUUACAGCGCGCCUUGCGUAUUUUGGCUUAUUGUUUUAGAUAUAUUCAUAAUUUGCAAAACCCUAUGCUGAAAAAUAAUUGUAAUUUGUCGGGUGCAGAGAUAAAUCAAGCGUUUCGUUUUCUAGUGAGGCAUGUUCAGGAGCGUUGUUUUGCAUCAGAAUUUUGUAGUUUAUCGAAGGAAGGAUCGUCGCUUUCCAUUUCCAAACCCAUUCGAAAGUUGUCUCCAUUCUUGGAUGAACAUGGUCUUUUGAGGGUGGGCGGUCGGCUUUCCAGGGGAGGCCUAACUUGUGAUGUCAAACAUCCAAUUUUAUUGCCUCGUAGUCAUGGAUUAACAACACUCGUUAUCGAGGAGUGUCAUCAUCGGUUUGUGCACCCUGGUGUGCGGGCUUUGAAGGGCUUAUUAUCUCAAGAGUUUUGGAUGUUGUCUUCGAGGAGAGCUAUUCAUGCAGUGGUGUCCUCGUGUGUGGAAUGCUUUCGUGCUCGUCCUGGAGUUGCGGCGCCACCUAUCAUGGGUGACUUGCCGGCGUGUCGUGUCGGUCAGGUGGGGCCAUUUUCGGUUUCGGCGGUCGACUGUGCUGGUCCUUUCGAUAUUGGUUUGGGUCGUGGUCGUGGUACACGUGCAUUUGAAUCGUACGUAUGUGUUUUUGUAUGCACUGCCGCCGGGGCGGUGCACCUUGAACUCGUGUCUGAGUUAACUGCGGAGGCGUGCCUGGCGGCUUUGGGGCGCUUUAUCGCUCGGCGCGGUCGUUGCUUUCGGUUGAUUUCGGAUCAAGGUGGAAAUUUUAUCGGUGCAGCGAAUGUAUUGCAUGGCUUGCUGCGGAGUGCUGCGCAUGUGGAGCGGAUUGAAUUUGUCUUUGAUCCACCCGGUGGUCCGCAUUUUUCCGGUUUGGCAGAGGCUGGUGUGAAGUCGGUGGGGACUCAUUUGUCUCGUGUAGUGGGUGUGCAGCGUCUUGCUUUCGAAGAGUUUUGUGCCGUCUUGGCUCGAAUGGAGGCCAUGUUAAACUCAAGACCUCUAUCGCCUAUCAGUUCGGAUCCCAAUGACUUUUCGGUGUUGACUCCUGGUCAUUUUCUCACCAUGGAACCUCUCACUAUAUUACCUGAAAGUAAUCUAGUUGAUAUAAAAUUGGGACCGUUGCAGCGUUGGAAAUUGCUACAAAAAAUCCAUCAGGAUUUCUGGCGCAAGUGGCAUUUAGAGUACUUGCAUACCUUGCAGUCGCGUCUCAAAUGGUACAACAAACAACAGGAGAUUGAUGUCGGCACUCUUGUUCUCAUUGUCAAUGAGCAAUGCAGUCCAAUGAAAUGGAGGAUUGGUCGAGUAGUCAAACUUCACCGUGGUACUGAUGGAGUUUGUAGAGUCGUUACCAUUCGAACCAAUUCUGGUGAAUGUAAGAGGCCAGUCGUUAAACUGUGCCCUCUACCGUUAUCAAAUUAAAGACCUUUGUUAAAUUUUUGUCGUUUAACUUGUCGUUAUUUAUCGUUAAAUUAAUUGUGUCGUUUGAAAGGAAACCUAUUGCUAAUGUGUAAUUAGGAAAAUAUGUUGUAUUUUGGUGGGCGGAAUGUUAAGAAUUGUAGCUUAAAUAAAUUUCGCCUGGCAACAUUUUUACAAAAUAAAAAAAAGUCUGUCGGUUGUUAUCGAAUGUGUCGGUAGAACGUACGUUCGUUGUCGUCGUUCUCGUUUAAAAAUAUUAUCGCACGCGUGCAUAUAUUGCCGCGAAUAUCGUUUGUCUUUUCGUAUCGCUUUUUUAAUCAUAUCACACAUAACCAAGAGGCUGAUUGAGAGGAGGGCAUUGCACUGCUGGUCGGUUCAAGGCGGUGGAUAGGUAACCUGGAUCUGAGGGUAAGUUCGAACGAGCCAGAAGUACUGGGAAGCCUAAAGCCAGAACCGAAUCCUGCUAACUACAAAGUUUCAGUUUUAUUUAAAUGUGAUUUAUCAUUGAAAAAUACAUACAAAUUCAAAUUUUCACCCUUUUACGAUCAACCCCUGUUUUGUAAGCGCGAUUUUUAUAUUCCGCAAUAAGUGGUAAAACAACGUUUACGAGGUCAGCUAGUAAUUAAUAAUAUUUAGUUUUGACGCCGCACAAUGUAUUUUAAAUUUUACGAUCCACACGACGAGUAAAAGACGAAUUUCUUAUCAGGUGAAUUUUAUUUUAAAAUUGAAGAUAUCAUGAACAUAGCUAUAUAAGCACGGUACCUUUGCCUUUAUCUCACAAAAAGACUAAAAUGUU